GUGGCAGCAGCCGCGGCGGCUCCGCGGGCUCGCCGGGUGGGCUCAGUUCCGCGCACGCAGGAGCCGAGCGCAGGGGGCGGGGAAGGGACCUGCUGCAGCUGCAGCCGCCCCGGCGCUCCCGGAGCGCGCGGUGACUCCCUCGGCCCGGCCGGCCCGCUCCAUGCCGCUACGCUGCGGAAGUGUAGCGGGGGGUGACGGCGGCACCGAGCACGGGAGGCCGGGCUUCGGCCCCCUGCAGCACUAGGCUCCGGGAGCCGCGCGCGGCGCGCCCCAGCGGCCCGGCUCCCCGUGCGCCCGGUGCCCACCGCAGCCUGCAUGCCCCGCGCUGCGCCUCGCCCGCCCCCCGCCGCCUCCUGCUCGCACCGCCGCAGCCGAGCGCCGGAGUAAUAUGCUCACUCGAGUGAAAUCUGCCGUGGCCAAUUUCAUGGGCGGCAUCAUGGCUGGCAGCUCAGGCUCCGAGCACGGCGGCGGCGGCGGCUGCGGAGGCUCGGACCUGCCCCUGCGUUUCCCCUACGGGCGGCCGGAGUUCCUGGGUCUGUCUCAGGACGAGGUGGAGUGCAGCGCCGACCACAUCGCCCGCCCCAUCCUCAUCCUCAAGGAGACCCGGCGGCUGCCCUGGGCCACUGGCUACGCAGAGGUUAUCAACGCUGGAAAGAGCACACACAAUGAAGACCAAGCCAGCUGUGAGGUGCUCACUGUGAAGAAGAAAGCAGGGGCCAUUACCUCAACCCCAAACAGGAACUCGUCCAAGAGACGGUCUUCCCUUCCCAACGGGGAAGGACUGCAACUAAGGGAGAACUCGGAAAACGAGGGCGUUUCCUGCCACUACUGGUCGCUGUUUGACGGUCACGCGGGGUCCGGGGCCGCCGUGGUGGCGUCGCGCCUGCUGCAGCACCACGUCACCGAGCAGCUGCAGGACAUCGUGGAGAUCCUGAAGAACUCGGCCGUGCUGCCGCCCGCCUGCCUGGGGGAGGAGCCCGAGCACACGCCCGCCAACAGCCGGACUCUGACCCGCGCCGCCUCCCUGCGCGGAGGGGUCGGCGCCCCCGGCUCCCCCAGCGCCCCGCCCACGCGCUUCUUCACCGAGAAGAAGAUUGCGCACGAGUGCCUGGUCGUCGGGGCCCUGGAAAGUGCGUUCAAGGAAAUGGACCUACAAAUAGAACGAGAGAGGAGUUCAUACAAUAUAUCUGGUGGCUGCACAGCCCUCAUUGUGAUUUGCCUUUUGGGGAAGCUAUAUGUUGCAAAUGCUGGAGACAGCAGGGCCAUAAUCAUCAGAAAUGGAGAAAUCAUCCCUAUGUCUUCGGAAUUCACCCCCGAGACAGAGCGCCAGCGACUUCAGUACCUGGCAUUCAUGCAGCCUCACUUGCUGGGAAAUGAGUUCACACAUUUGGAGUUUCCAAGGAGAGUACAGAGAAAGGAACUUGGAAAGAAGAUGCUCUACAGGGACUUUAAUAUGACAGGCUGGGCGUACAAAACCAUUGAGGAUGAGGACCUGAAGUUCCCCCUUAUAUAUGGAGAAGGCAAGAAGGCCCGGGUAAUGGCAACUAUUGGAGUGACCAGGGGACUUGGGGACCAUGACCUGAAGGUGCAUGACUCCAACAUCUACAUAAAACCAUUCCUGUCUUCAGCUCCAGAGGUAAGAGUCUAUGAUCUCUCCAAGUAUGAGCAUGGAGCAGAUGAUGUGCUGAUCUUGGCCACGGAUGGACUCUGGGAUGUUUUAUCAAACGAAGAAGUAGCCGAAGCCAUCACUCAGUUUCUUCCUAAUUGUGAUCCAGAUGAUCCUCACAGGUACACACUGGCAGCUCAGGACCUGGUGAUGCGUGCCCGGGGUGUCCUGAAGGACAGAGGAUGGCGGAUAUCUAAUGACCGACUUGGCUCAGGAGACGACAUUUCUGUUUAUGUCAUUCCCUUAAUACAUGGAAACAAACUAUCAUGAAAAUGGCCCAGGGGAUUGGGAGGAUAGAGGGGCAGGAAAUCUGGAAUGCCUCUCAGCAAGGUGGAACUGGGACGUGCCCCGGCUGAGUUCCAAGCGAUGCAGACUCUUCCCAGCCCAGGUGGGGAGUUUGCUGCCAAAAGGCCUCUGGCUGUGCUUCAAGAUGA